AUGCCGCUAAACCGUACGCCGCCACUUGCAACUCAUGCGCUUACAACAAGUAAUAUCGCCCGCACUUCGUCUGAGCCUCAUAUUAGUGGAGAUAGCGUUACUAUUAGCGAGUUAUUAGAUACCAGUACCCCAAAACCUACGUUUAGAAACAUUAAAAGAAAGCGUUCGGAAUCAGAUGGCGACUUCAAUUACUUUAUUACGGAACUAAGACAAAUGUUUCAUGAGCUUAAAGUGGACCAGUCUAGUAAAAUUGACAAGCUGUGCUCUGCUGUCGAAGAUAUGCGCUCUUCAGUUACAUUUCUAGCAGAUAAAUAUGAGUCGCUGCUAUCUAAAUUUGGCAAGGACACAGAUUUCAACCUGGAAUUGGAUACAGGCUACCCAGAAUCCCUGUCCCACUACAACGCGAGCGAAGCCGCGGUCAAAAAC